AUGCUCUGUGGAACGGCAGGGGCACAAGCGAAAUUAACUGACUCGCAGAUUUCACUAGAGCGACGAUGGAUAGCGAGCGACUGCGUUGCCGUGCGGAAAGUUGGCAUGGUCGGGAGUCCCAAGGUAUACCUGUAUACAGUGUCCUUUGAUUACCGCACGGCGAGCGACGGCGUACACGAGGAACGCGCACGCGCUGGUGGCUGGCUGCGGACUGGUGCUGCGGCGGCGCUCGCGCCUCCCACCAUCGUUGACCUACAGCCGGCUGCUGCGGCCGCUGCUGUACCGGCUCCGGUAAACAAACGGUUCACCGACCGAUUAGAUGAAGGCUUGCGCGGCCCUCCUCCGCGUGUCGCUGACGGCGCUCCCAAUGCACGCACAUGUCUACUGCAUCAGAAGCUGCAGUUGCUUAAUUGCUGCAUAAAGCGGGUAGACGAGUCUGUGAACCAGGCUGGCAACUCUUCCGAAGAAGAGUUCUACGACUGUUCCGAAGAUGAUGACGCUGAAGACACCCUUCCUCCCUGGGAUCGACCCGUAGGAAGACAACAUCGCCUUGAAAACGCCAAACUUAAAAAUGGAUCACCCCUUUACGUCCCGCAAACUCAGGAUCCUGCUCCGAAGACAGAAGACCAGCUAGAAGAAGACGCUGAAUUAAUGGUGCGCUUAGGGGAUGACGCUAGAGCUUCCGAACUUCGUGCAAGGAUGAUGAGUGCUUCCCUACUUUCUGACAUGGAGGCGUUCAAAGCCGCCAACCCUGGUGCCGAGCUGUGCGAUUUUGUGCAAUGGUACUCCCCUAGAGACUGGCUUCCAGACUAUGGUGGCGUAUUGGGGGCUCGAAUGCUUCUACCCGGCAAUCCCUGGGCUGAAACUUGGAGUGUCGCGCGGCCGGUACCAGCUGCGCGGCAGAGGAGGCUUUUUGAUGAAACACGAGAGGCGCAACAGGUGUUGCAUUUCUUUCGUUCUCGGACAGUGAGCGCUGUGGGUGAACUGCUGCUGCCGGCCAUAUUACGAGCGGGAGCGGCAAAGUGCCACGAGGAGGGCGCGCCUCGGGGAAACAUUACUGUCGGUGGUGUGGAUAAGCGGCGCACGUUUGAAGUGGCCGCGCGUGAAAUAUACGAUGCGGAGCGGGAAGCGUGCAGGUGUUUGUGCGUACGUACGGUGUUCGGAGAUGGGACUGAAGGUGAGGCGUUGGAUGUGGCUGGAAGAACUAGGGUGUUAAGUGCGGCGGGCGGUGCGUUACCGGCGCCCGCUCGCAAGGAGUUUACUCUGCGGGUGAAGGACUCUGUGGGGGUGCAGACGAUGCGCGCCGCCUUGGCCUCCGACAUGACGAUCAUAGGAGCUUUUACCGAACGGAUUGUCUGCUUGUAG